GAAUAAUGUGUCAUUUAUUGCGUCAGAGUUGUUAAUAUGACGUAACAAAUAAGAAACACAACUGCUGUUUUUUAAAUAAUAUUUGGCAGAAAUAACAUCAACAAGCAUUAAAAUUAAUACAUUAUUGUAAAAAAUCUCCUUUUCAAAUAUUACCCACAUAAAAUUCGAACGAUUUGUAGCGUUAUUGUUGUUAUGUGACAGUCACUACACGUAUAUUUUGCGCGCUCACGUAUACCUCAUGUAUUCUCUUGUUUGUUUCAUAGUUAUUACGCGUUGUGAAUCAUCUAUUCGUGUGGCUUGUAGUAGGAACUGCCAAGAGAAGCAUGAUGCGUAGACGGAAACUGGGCAAGAGUAGAGAGAAAAUAAAGUCACUCGAUCCGGCAGCAAUGAAGAAAUCGCUCGAGAAAAUAAUGGAGGACGAUAGUUUUAGGACCCAAAUGUACGAGGACACAGUAAAUGUGAUAGUAAACCGAUUGGAAUGCGAACUUACAGAUUUUUCUGAAGCAGACCUGCUUAAUCUCGCGCAGGAUACGUUUGAGGUGUCGAAUUCCAGCCAUAAGGUCGCUGUCGAAAAAGCUAGAAGCCAAGAAAUCUCCAAGAAGUGCGUCUUGCGGCUACAAGUGAUCAAAGCGGAGCACCUGGCUGCAAAAGACGUGGACGGCACUUCGGACCCUUACUGCUUACUGGGUGUUGUACCAGCGUCUCAGUACGUUAACUUGCGGUCGUCGAAAACUGUUACCGCGAACACAUCGGUCAUAAAUUCCACGCUUACUCCCGAGUGGAACGAAACGUUGGAACUCUUCGUAGAAAGAGAGCAAAUUUCAAACAGUAAUCUGCAGAUUCAAGUUUGGGAUAGCGACGAAGUAGUUGGGGGAAAUGGGAACUUGAAGAAAGUAAAAGGAGUCAAAGGCGUUGGCAGAUACGUUAAAGAAGUUGCUCAGUCAGUAACGAAGUCUGAAGAUCAUGACGAUUUUAUGGGGUUCAGUUCGCUACCAUUGUCUAGUGUGCCUUCUCAGGGGUUGGAACGAUGGUUUAAGCUUAGAGCCGCGCAUUCCUUACAGAAAGUUUCCGGUCGGAUUAAAUUACAAGUAGAGGCCCACACACUUCGAAGUACACAAGAACGUGAAAGGAAUGAACACAACAAGUUCCCUGUAGAUGUUAUUCUAGCUGGUAUAUUGACCACAGCUGCAGAAAUGGCACACAAAGUACACAUGUCUUUGAAGGAAGGAGAAGUUUGGAACGCUAAUCUACCGAAGCACAUGCAAAGCAUUAUACAAGAAUUCAUCGGUCAAAAUGAAAUUGAUCCUCUCACGUGCGCCAUCGUCCGGUGGGAAGUUUUUACAAAAAUACAUUUGCAGUCACCGCAUGGCGUGGAUAUCAUGUUCAUUGAAAGACUCAUCAAGGAACUGGACAUGCAUAGUAGUGAUACGAAGUCGGCGCGCGCUGAAAAGUUCACGGUGGAUGUCUUAUGCGAAUCCUUCUCAAAUUUCAUUCACCAUGAGUGUGAACGACUAUCACGUCAUAGAGAGGAAUUUGCAACAACCAAGACCAACUACGUCAUCGCGCUAGGAAGCACUCUGCUGUGCUUGAAGAAGCUAACUUCUACCAGCGUAUAUCAGCUUGUACGAACCAUAAACCCUACUAUUUCUGGAUCUUCUGACGUCAGAGAUGACGUCACCGACGCGCUGCGACGUGGAACGGAAACGUAUUACGUGGAAUUGUAUGAGAGAAAGUUGGACGAGUCCAUGCAGAAAGAGGAAAAGGAAAAUGAUAACUCUGAAGACGCUUACUAUGGAGGCGAUGAAAUACAAGUGUUGAUCAAGUUGGCGGAUCGUAUCUAUCAAGAUCUGAUGCUCGGUCACAGCAUAUACAACGGGGUGUUUCAAAAGAUACUUGGAAUUAGUUACAGCGCAAUUGUACACGAUAUAGUUGCCAAGAGCUUUGCCAAAGAUGCGAGCGAAGCGAUGAGCAAAGUCAAUAAACACCUCAGCCUUGUAGAAGACCCAAAUCACGUCGAAUCGGAAUCGAAAAGCACCCUCUUGUUUCGCCUCUAUUUAAGCGUGAAGAAUUUGUCCGAACUUUGCAACAAACUAGGAGUAACAACAACCAGCAUGAAAACACCUUCAAUAACGAUGGUUGACGGCCAGAGCAUCGACAAAAACGGAAACGAUGAAGCGAAUUUAAGAGGUUUUGUUGACUGGUUUCGGCCAACUGUACUGCGAUGGCUCCAGAUGUCUAGGGGACGAACUAACAGCCGACUCCGCAAAGCAGUCGAGUUAGACCCAGCAAGAAGAGUGGACGAUAUAGUGAAACAUACUUCGUCAGCGGUCGACACUAUUGGAUGUCUCACCGGGGUAGUGACGUUCUGGCGAAGUCUUGUUUGGCCAGACCCUGUGGACGCAUACACGAUAGCACUUCGACUCACAGACGACAUGGCAAACGCUGUAGAAUGCUACGCUGAUUUGGUGCAUGGAAAAUUAAAGCAGGUCGGUUUCUUUGACGAAGAGGGGCAGUUCGACGUUACGGAGGAGCUAUGUUUGACUCUGAAUAAUUUGCAGUUUGUGAAGUCGUUCCUUGACAGUAUUCCUGACAAAAUGAACUUCAAGAAAAUGGCAGAAUCCGUCGAGCGUCAUCCAGAGGGACCAAGUGGUCAGAGGGUAAUGGCAACGUUUGAUGCUCUAAUUAACACUGCUCAGAUCGGAAUGAAAAAGAAGAUCAAAUCUGUGACAGGAGUUGUUGGGAGCAAGAUCAGACCUGACAUUCGAAAAUAUUUGCGGAACUUUGCAAGUGAGGUAACAAAGGGCAGUGCAGGUUCUAAUUUCCACGGUAGCGACCCGCUGGUGAAAAAGAACCUAAAAACUAGAGCUGGUGGUGCGAUCAGACCCCUCAUGAAAUAUUUGGAGGAAAAUAUAAUAACGUUGAAAGAAUGGCUGUGUGAGCCGAACUUUAAGCGUCUUUUAGAAGUUUUGUGGCGAGAAUCUCUCAACAGUUUACAUGUCGUCUCCUUGGUCGACUUUGUGGAUAAGAAACCAUUUUUCUUCUAUCUUUGCAGGUACAUACUGGACCAUUAUCUUAUGGAGUUCUUCCACGCUGAAGGACACGGAAUCGCAAGAGAAAGAAUGACCAACAUGGACGAGUACCGAGUCCUCGGGUCGGAACUUAAAAUGCGAAGUGCAAAGACGGAAGACCUGAUUAGACUCUUCUAUUUGCAGAUGUACGAAGACCAACAACGAGUUACUUCACCCACCUACGGUUGCCUUAAUGUGUUUGCUUCCUAUGAUGCCAUGUCAGAUGAAUUACACGUUGAUAUAAUCAGCGCUAGUGAUCUGCUGCCAUUGGACGUGAACGGACUUAGCGACCCGUUCGUAACUGUUAGACUUGCCCCUAAAAUGACGUUUAAAGACAACAGUACACGUCAAACUUUGGUCGAAAAAAAGACGGUGAACCCAGUUUUUACCGACGAAAGUUUCGUAUUUGAAGUGGAGAGAAGUACGAUGGAACUUGAAGGCAUGGUCGUUAUAUUUACAGUGUUAGAUCAUGAUGUGUUGAGCGCUAAUGACCUUGAAGGAGAAGCGGUGCUACCUCUUAACCAAGUUCUGGAUGGUAACAGGAAUCGCGGAAAGAAUUUCAAGCUUCCGUUAACACAACCCGUUGUUGUAAAGAUAUCACCAAAGAUGAAGCGAAAACAGCUGUCUUCCAAGAAAGACGAAAACUGCAACGGAAGCAUCGCUGGCGAAUCUGUCUCAAGCUCGAAGAUAAGCAACGAUGAUUACGAACUCGAUUAUGAAUGCGCGCAAAUAAUCAGCCCUGUUCUCUUGCUGCAAGGACGGAGCGGUUUUGACAAAGAUGCCGACGAAUUUUGUCGCUGGCGACGGAAACUAGAAAGCUCCAUCGAGACCGAUAUUAAGAAAUAGAAUUUCUAAAUUGGAAAAAAUACUGUCAAUUCAAUCGCCAUUUUGUUACCUAAUAUAUGUUAUAUACAUAUAUAUAUAUAUAUAUAUAUAUAUACAUGCAUACUGUAAGACCGAUUUUUUUGUAACUUGUUUCGCAGUUACACUGCAGAGCGAAAUUAUUCAUCUGAAAUAUAAUUUUAUUGAAAAG